GAAAUGAUUCAUACAAGCGAUGCCCGAUGAGACACAAUUUUCGCGCACGGCUAUGUUGAAAUAAAGAGAUGCCUUUCUCGCAUAUUGAUCGGGGAGAAUGAUUUGCAGAUGACCAGCCGGAUCACAAACGGUUACGUCGUUAAAUGGGCUGUUUGGGGAUGGGCCGGAGGUGGAAAGCCCUGUGGUGUGACCGAACCAUUUUUAAAAUUAAAUGUAGUUUUUUUUUUUGUAUGUAACAUUAGCUGUUAUUGUUUGAUCUUUCUGUAAAGCCAUGCAAAUCAGCUUUGUGCUCAUAUUAAGUAGGUAAAUGUUGCUAUUAUACCUAACAGUACCUUUCUGGCUAGUUUACAUAUAAGUUAACCAUUUUUAGGUGGUAGCCUACUUAGUUUUCAUUCCAGCAUUAUUCAUCGUUUGAUUUUGAAUGGUGACAAUGACAAACGUGUCCUGCGUGUGACGUCAUGUUCCAUAAUAUUUAUUAAUUCUCCGAAACAGGCCCUUAGGAAAAUUAAUAAGCCAGGUAGACUUAGGAAGUGAGGUAAACAUGUCACUUGCAGAACAGUCUCAAAAAUGGUUCCCGACGCACGUGCAAGCCACGGUUCUCCAGGCCAAAGACCUACAACCCAAAGGUAAAAGCGGCAGCAAUGAUGCCUACACCAUCAUUCAGCUGGGGAAGGAGAAGUACUCCACUUCUGUGGCAGAGAAAACGCUGGAGCCCGUCUGGAGGGAGGAGGCCUCCUUCGAGCUCCCUGGUCUGCUCCUGGAGGGGAAUCCGGAGGUGUACGAGCUGAGUCUCACAGUCAUGCACAGGUCCCUGGUGGGCAUGGAUAAGUUCCUGGGCCAGAGGACAGUCAACCUCAACGAAAUCUUUGACAACAAGGAGCGGAGAAAAACUGACUGGUACCCGUUGGAGUCCCGGCCGGGGAAGAAGAAGAAGGGCCGCGGGCAGAUCCAGGUGAGCAUCCAGUUCAUGAGGAACAACAUGACGGCCAGCAUGUUCGACCUGUCCAUGCGCGACAAGCCGCGCUCGCCCUUCUCCCGGCUGAAGGACAAGAUGAAGGGGCGCAAGCACGACGGGGUGUUCUCCGACGCCUCGUCCGCCAUCCUGCCCCGCUCGGCCGCCUGCGACGCCGACCCCCCGCGCCCCGCCCAGGACCGGCCGCCCAAACCCAAACCCAAACGCACCCUGCUGGGCCCGCAGAAGCUCUCCGCCGCCCACUCCAUGUCCGACCUCAUGGGCACCCACUUCCGGCCCAAACUCGACUCCAUGAACUCCAUCGAGGAGAGCGGCUCCUCCCCUCACCGCCGGUCUCAGAGUGAGGUCCCGGGGGGCGAGGACAGCGGGGGCCUCGGCGACCCGUUCACCGACGUCUGCGACGGCCUGCCGCAGAAGUACGCCACCCUGCCGCGGAACCGCAACCCCUUCCAGGCGGAGGCCCCCGUGGCCUGGGAGCGGCCGAAGGAGAAGAAGGAGAAGGUCAGCCUGCUGGAGCGCGUGACCGGGAAGAAGGACGGCCGCAAGGCCAGCAAUGGGAGCCGGUCCGGCAGCUCGGGCGACCUCCGCUCCCCAAACCCGUUCAGCAGCGAGGGCCCGACCGACACCAACCCCUUCAACCCUAACUACAGACUCAGCGGUAACUUGAGAAGCAAGGAGGACUUGAGCGGGGUGCGACAGACGUCGCCUCACCGGGAGCAGAGCCAGGGCCGUGAAAAUGAAGUGCAGCAGGUGGGCGUGGCCGAGGUGGCCGCGUACAGCAGCCUGUCCUUCGGGGAGGUGGUGCAGGAGCUCGUCAAGCAGAAGGAAGUGGUGAAGAAGAAGGACGCCCAUAUAAGGGAGCUGGAGGACUACAUCGACGACCUUCUGGUCCGGGUCAUGGAGGAGACGCCCAGCAUCCUCAGAAAGCCCUACGAGCCCAAGAAGAAAGCCGGAAAGUUCUCCAAAAAGUAGCCCGGGCCCAGACCAGGAAGCCCUGCUGUCAAACAGGUCACGUGGGACCCUGCCCUUUGACCCCAGGCUGCAUUGUAGGUAAUAGACUAAAAGAAAAGAGAUGAGGGUGGUGGAAAAAGUUGUUGAAUUUGGAGAAACCAACUUCAGGCAUGUGGAGCUGUGAAACGGUACAGUAGUGAUGAGUCACGCCAGCUCAGAUCCUGGUAGAGGAUGAAAGUCGGGUUGUUUAACGAUGCUAUUUUUCUCAUUCCAAGUGCAGAAGUCCAUGGAACCCCAUAGUGGCAGUUUAGCAGAUUAAAAGCACAGCUAAUUACGGUACCUCGCAACAUAGUGCUCCACCUGGGAAUCUUCCGGAAUUUUGUUUAACUGUUAUGUUAUUAAUUUUCCAUCACCAAGUGGGUGAAAAAAUAAGUCUUUAAAUUCUAGUCAUUCCUCCGAACUUCAGGGAUGUUUGUUGAGGAUUCCUGUAUUGCCCAGUUUUCCCCCUGAUCUUCAUCCACUUCCUGCAGUUUACCCCACCCACGUCUGACUGUUACCCCGCCCGAUUCUGGCUUUUACCCCCACACGCUUUCGGCAGAUCACCCCACCUGUUUUAAUUGUCCCGCGUGAUUCGGCGCGCAGAGGAGAACGAGUGGGAAAGUCAUGUGACUUCAACCGCGGGUUUUCCCCUUUCUUCCCCCACACACGGAAAUUUCCAUACUAAAACGAGGCCUUUGAAAUGCCACUGCCACACGCACGUGCUAAUGCGAUAAAGGCUGUUUAAACAUCGACAUGAGCCCAGGCAGCUCGUGGAGAGAUGUGUGUGUGUUUGUUUGUGCGCGUGUGCACUGUCACACUAAAUAUCAGAUCCUGCUUCAGUGAUAUGUUUACUAGGUGCUGAAGUGCUGGUUUUUGUUGAAGGCCAUUGUAAAGAUUCUGCAGUGGAGCUUUGUGUGACCGUUGGGUGAGUGAAACAUCUGCCUGGCUACUAUUGCACAAAACCUUUACCGAACCUUCCCUUCCAGUCACAUUCCCCUGUGCCAUUACACCAGGGCUGUGUCCAAUAGAGCCUCCUAAUUACCGUGUACUAUGAACUAAACAUACUGCCUACUGUUUAGUGUGUAUUUUAGCAAGCAAUGGCUGUAUGCAAAAAGUAUCCUCCAUACUGUGUUCCAACAGUACUGUGGAAGUGUCCUCAGACAUCCUGCCCGCAUGGUAACAAGGCCCCACCUCUUCCUCUGUGAUAUAUGGGACCCCCUAAAAACGAUGGUUUACGUCCUGAAAAAGCGUACACUCAUCUAAAACCCUGGGAAUAAGUAUAUCCCUCAGAGAUUUUAAGUACACUAUAUAUACAGAAAGUGUUGCCUCCUUAACUUCUAGUGUACUGAACUUGUAUACUCGACAGUAGGGAAGUACGGUGUUUGGGACAGGCCCUGGGGAGAUGUUUUAGAGGUCAGGUCCUGGGGAACCCUCGGGGAACCAGUGGUAAAUUCUGCUAUAACACUUCAGUGGUAAUAUUCAAAUGUUUACUUUUUAAAAACAACUUUUACAGAAAUGUUUACUUAUGAAACAUUUACCAAUGUGUUUGGUAUGAAAGUGUUACAUGACAUCUGGGGCAGUUUUUUUUUUUUUCUUUUCCCGUUUACAUGUUUGUUUUAUUUGCCAGAUUCACACUAAGGGACCAUGGUGAACUGUAUUUUACGGAUUUGUUUGGUUUGGCUGUUUCACACUAAUGGACCACGGUAAACUGCAGACCAUAAAUGACAUCUCACUUGCUAAUUACUAGAGUAACCCUUCCUCAUGCUGCACACAGGUGCACUAUUGGAUGGAGCUAUGCUAUGGUUUACUGUUGAUAAAUGGCAUUGGGCAACUGUAUGGGUUUAGGGUCAAAGGUCAGCUGAGGGACUCUGGGUCCAAUCUGGUUUCGUUUUCCAUGAGUAAUUUUGGGGCAUAUUUUAAAAAAUUUCAACAAUUUCAGAAUGCCUGAGCAUUAUCUGAUGUAAAAAUGAGGAAACUGAAAAACGUUAUCUAAACAUUUGUUUACUGGAAUAACAUGGUGCAAAGUCCAAUAGAGAUACAUGACAGAAUAGCUGAAUAUUGGUACUUUUAUUUAAAUUUAUUUUAUUUGUUUUUUCAUUGAAGAAAUUUCAGAUAUGAUUCUGAUUCUUGACUUCAAGGCAGGGUACUACAGGUUAAACAUAUUUUUUAGAUUAAAUUUGUAAUUUUACUAGUUAGCUUUCUUUAUUUUUAGUCUUGCUUAUAGAUUAAAUGGACAAGAGGGUACAUUAGCAUCUGCUAUUUUCUGAAAUGGAUGUUCAAAUAAUCACAUAGAAAGGUACUUGCAUUCAAACCUACUGAUUGAUGGAUAAUAUAUUUAUUGUUAUUAUUUUAUUUUGUAGAUAGACCUUUAGAUGGAAAAAAAAUGUUACUGAUGAACAGCAGGUGCAGAAUGAAGUCAUUCUGUUUGUUUUAACCGCCAUACACUAUAUGACGCUACUGUAUAUAGCAUUGCCAGUCAUGAUAGAAGUCAGUUUACUUUGAGCAGUUACUUAUGCUGCCCAUAAGUUUUGAGCGAGCACGAUCAAAUAGCCAUUUGUUAAAUACUGUAAGAACGGCAGAGCUUUUCUCUACCUACAUGUACCACGAUUAGCUUUUAGAUGUAGAAUGUUUGAUUAAUUCGCACAUAUUGUGUGCCACGUCUCUAAAUUAGCUGUAAGAAAUAAGGGCACACAUUUUACAGACUAGAGACGUAAUUAUGAUGUAAUUACUGACGGUGGAUAUUAUAGACAGCAUGCAUGUCUGCUGUGAUCACAGACAAUUUUAGUGUCUGUUAUUAUGCACAAAAUGUUUCUAAAGAAAAAUAGAGAGGUGUGCAUUUAUUUUUAUUUUUCCAUCUAUAAAUCAAUAAAUGCCUCUAUGUUACGGAUGGCUUUAAAAAAAAUCUUAAUCCUUCUCCGUUUUGUAUGCUGAAAAAAGCAUUCCCCCAUUGCACCCAUUCCACACCCUCCCAGUAAAGGCGAAUGGAGUGUCACCUGGCCUCAAAACCUCUUACCCCUGCUGUUUGAUAAUGUUACAUUUACACUAUUACAGUAUUUGGAAUGAUAUAGUGAUAUAGUUUUAAUGGCUUGUUGGAAACAGCCGUUAGCUCUGUUGCGUUUGCUGUUGUUUUUUUAAGCGUAAGAAUGAGUCUCAGUUCUUCUGCAGAACUCGCGGAGUACUGUGUCAUGUGACUGCGUCCACAUUACAGAUACAGAGAGGAUAUGGAAAGUUCUCUGCUGGGUCCUGUAUUUCCCAUCUGAAGCCUUCAGGAAGCUUGGUUGUUUUGGCCCUAAGAGGAUCCUUUCCAGUAAGAACCUGGAAUAUCCAAUUACUAUCAUCAGAUUUAUUUCUGUCGAAACCGACGCAAAGGCUGUGUUUUCUCUGGCCUCGUGUUGCCCCAGGAUGUGAAAUUAUACCAUUUGAGUGAGUCAAAUUGCCAAAUCGCCGGUAUGAAUAUCUGUACAGUACUAGGCAAUUUACCGUUCAGAUUCUUAGCAUGAGAGCGCUUGAACAAUUAAGUCUGGUGUAUUUGGCAGGUCUCGCCUUUUAAACUUGUCAGUUUGUUAUUUAAAGAAUUUCCCAAACGCAUAUCAAAUUUGUUGAGGUCGUAGGUCUUCCACAACAGAAGAAAGGAUUCGAUAUUCACGCGAACGUUCAUUUUAGCUGCAAUAAUUUUGUUCUUCAUAUGCAAUUGACUAUGCAUAUUGGUACAUUGUUAUUAUUAUUUUCGUCAUACUGUGUAAGCCUACGUCGUGUUCUGACUGGUGUACAGAAUUGGAAGAACCGGCGAAGCCAACAGAUGCCGAUGUUGACAUUUGUGACAAUCAAGAUGCUUAAUUUAUCGGUUAUUAGCUGUCUGUCUCCGCUUAAUUCAGUAUUUAUUCUUUUCUUAAUCUAGUCAAAUCUAUUCCCAAUAUUUAAAAAAAACAUGAAAGUCGAAGACAACCACGUCUGUGAAAAUAUAUUUUCUCACAUUGUUUGUGUCGCGCAGAUGUAUAAUUGCACGGUUAAUAUAGAAAACAAGAAAAAAAGCCGCAUGUUUCCAGCUUUACUGCAAAAGGGCAGUCCUCGUUAACCGCGGAAAAAAACGUGCUUGAUUGUCACAGAUGGUCUGCACUAAAUAUGCUGCACUCUACGUGUGUUUAUACUGUUAGAAAUCCAAUUAUAUGUCAGCUUGCUUUGUUUGUACAAAUGCAAUAAUAACCCUAAUUAUAUCCUUCUACUCUGCCAAUUGAUCUUGAGUAAUGCCAGACUGAUCCGUGAAUAAAUUCCCGUUAGAAAGACUGCAGGUCAGGGAAGGAGAGUUUGAGUAAAAGGGCUUAACUCCUACACUGCGCAUUUGAAUUAUCAGUAUUGCAAUAUUCUCUCUGUGUAUACAUAUAUCAUUUUUUUAUUGUAUUAUUUUCUUAACGCACCGACCAUGAAACCGCCUUUUGGAGUCCCGGCACUCUUAAGUUUAUCUUAGAAGCUGGCUUAAACUGUGGCUCAGUUCUUUAUUCUCAAACUUGAAAAACGCUCACCACUGUGUUCCUGACGACGUGUGCCCUCUCUAAUCAGGAGUAAUGGUAAAUAAUGGAGAUUGCUUUUGGAUCAGUGUCAGAAAAAAAGUGAUUUUUGCUAUUUUCUGUGCAUGAUUGUUAUCUGCUCAUUUGGAUGAAUGCGUGCAUGUGCUUUUCUGUGUGUCGGCACAUCUGUAUGUGUGUUUACAUGCGUGUGUGCGCAUAUAUGUGUCUUCACGUGUUUCAAUGUGUUUGUGUGUGUGUGUGCGUGUGCACGUGUGCGUAUGCACAUGCAUGUGUUUGUGAUCAGUAAGAACAUUCAGUAGGACUGUAUUUGAAGGGUCCUACAUAAGACUUAUAUAACUCCUUCAUAAGAACUAUAUAGGGCAUUCAUAAGCACUAUAUAGGCAUUCAUAAGAACCUAUGUUGAUGACCGACUUAAGGAUCUGCCAGUUCACUUGGUAUGUCAUGGCAAUGUCACUUUACUUGCUGCAUCGAUGUUGACAUUACUCACCGCACUGGGCACUUAUGAAUGCUUAUGUAGUGCUUAUGAAUGUGCUAUGUAGUGCUUAUGAAUGCUUAUGUAGUGCUUAUGUAUGCGCUAUGUAGUGCUUAUGAAUGCGUAUGUAGUGCUUAUGAAUGUGCUAUGUAGUGCUUAUGAAGAUAUAUAGCUCUUAUGUAGGACCCUUCAGUGAUACCGCACAUUAUGUGAAUAGUUUGGAGUGGAUGGAUACAAGCCGUUGUAAAGGAAAACACAGCUCCCUAAUAUAUCGUAAUUACAUUAAUGUUAUUCAAUUUUACCUGUAUAUCUGGACAGAAAUGGUACAUAAACAUGUGGACAUAUUUUAGAGUAAAAAUGCAUCAUGCAUGCAUUUAUAAAAAUAAAAAAAAAGAAGAAAAGAAAUACAGAAAAUUAAAAAGUGCCAAAUGUAAUAAUUUCAUAAUUGAGUAUGUUCUAUUUUGCGUUCUGUGUGGUUUUGAGAUAUUGGGCUUCAAGGAUACCAAAGUGAAUGGGCUCCAAGCAGAUACAACCUUUUUAAUUUAACAUUUUAUCAUACUUUUAAACAGUAUUCUGUUGUAAAACGCAUAUAUUUAGGGCCCAAUGAACAACUUAUUAAUGACAUUAGCUAAUUUGUGAUAAAAAUGUCAGUUCCAACCUUAGGUCUCGCAGUGUGUUGACCCAGACGUUCAGUAAAAGCCACUUUAUCAAGGCAGCAGUGUGCAACCAUAUGAUAAGCUGAGAUACAUAAUGCCUGCGAUGUAUUAGUGUGGACCAGUAAACAAAGUUAACCGCAAGCCAGCUAUUUUUUAAAGAAAAUGUAUGUGGAGAAAUCACAAAUACUAUUAGACGAACGCUCCAGGCGAGCUCUAAACAAGAUGGCGGAACUCUACCGUUCCUCGGUGAAGUUAGGCUUUUCCCGCUCUUUUCCUGAGGUAGCUGUGAUGAUUAUACCCCUGAGAUGGUGGCACGGUGGGGAAAGCUUCAGCCCAACACUGAAGCACCACCUGUUACUCCUUAUGGCCCCGUACUACACAAGUGUCUCGUAAUUUGCCCUUUUUCAAAGUGUCUCAUAAUUUGCCACACAAUUAAUCUUGUUUUCUGGGUAAUGUUUAGAAUAAAGAGUAUUUGGUAGAGUAUUUAGAAAUUAAUGCAUACCUUGUUGGCUGCCUUUUCAAACCCCAAUGCACCAUUCAUUGCUAAUUAAGUUUGCAGAAAUAAUCUUUUUUUUUUUUUUUCUAGAAGAUUCCAAAUAGAUUUAUGUGUCCAGCUGGAUGAUUUUUUAGGAUUUGGUGUUAUGAAUAUUAGUUUGCCUCUUUGUUUUUAAUCAUUUUUUUUCCAUGUGAAAGUUUUUUUUCUUUUUUCUCUGUGUUUAAAAGGUUCUGUGUGUUAUAUAUAUAAUGUAAUUCAAAAUGAAACACUAGGUCAAUUGUGCUGUGUCUUCACUUCACAGCCAACUACAGGAGGUAAAGUUGGUACACAACUGGUAAAUCUAUUGAGCCUAUUUAGGUAGAGUCAGAAAUGUCAUGAAGGAGUGUUAUAAAUUCCGCACAUUAAAAUCAGAAUAUCUGUAGUGAAAGAAUUACGCUGCAAGUCAGCCUUCCUGGUUUUAUAUCCAAUCAAACCGCAAUGUGGAGUUGUGCUGUUAGCGGUACAAAUCUCACAAAUCUCUUUUAAAAAAUAUAUGAAUUAUACAAAUAACUGUUGUUUUUAUUCAUAAUUGUUUACCCAUUACUUUACUGCUGUUUGUGUGCCACAUUGAGUGAUAGAUAAUGGCAGAGUGGCCUACAAUCUUGGUGCCUCCAUUUUACCAGCAUCCAUGAGUGAUGUGGUCACCAUUUUACUGGCAUUCAUCAUGCGCUGACCUGCUCCUGUCCUGUGAAAGGAAUGGUGCCAUGUUUGACAUGUUUCUGCACGUAUUCACACACAAGACACACGCACACACAAACGCACACUCUCUCCACACUGAUCUCUGUACCUUUAACAUUAUUUUGCUUUAACUGCAGAGUUCUUACAAGUCGAUCAACUUUGUAAUCCACAGCUAGUGACCACCUCUUGUGUACACGACCAAAAAACAAAGGAAGUCAUGAAUGUACAAUUUUAUCUUCUAAAAAAAAAAAAAAAAAAAAAAGACCAAAAGUGGAAUUUUAACUGACCCUCUUCUCUUUGAAAAGAAUGUGCCCAAUAAGUGCUUUUUCUUUGUCUGCCAUGUCCGGUGUGUAGCUCCCGAAAUGCUCACUUAACGCACAGGCAAGUGGAGCACCCAUUUCUGUCUGCACACGCCGCUGUAUGUCUGCUGUAUGAUGGGGGUGUGGGGUGUUUUAGGUGCGGGUGUGAUUGUAAUUUAAAAACGAUUCUACAUGUAUCCUCUUCAUUGAAAGACGUUGAAAAAAGGUCUGGAAUGGAGCCCUUCUCAGAAGUGUUGAAGCUGGCAUGCAGCAUGGGUGUGUUUUUGACUCCCGCGCGGGGCCCCAGACGCGCCCUUCAGCAGCGGGGGACCGACCGACCAGGGCCCCGCGCUCUCAGACGUAUUCACGCGCGCGUCGCAUCACAAUCGCGAGACGACACUGACACUGCUCCAGGAUUGUACUUUUCCUUUAAAUAAAACACUGUUCUUCUUCAAGCACUA